CCCGGCCGCUUUCCUGCCCGGCUUCCCCGCCUCCCUCCCGGCAGACAUGGCGGCGCCCGCCCCGCAAGAGAAGCAGCAGCAGCAGCAGCAGGACGCGGAGCUGGAGGAGCUGCUCGAGAGUGCCCUCGAUGACUUUGAUAAGGCCAAGCCAGUCCCUCUGCCGCCCCCUUCAACUGCCUCCGUCGGGGACAGCAGCGUCUCUGAGAAAUCGCCUGGAGAUGCUGCCAAGGAUUCCCUCUUUGCCUCGCAGGAGAAGUUCUUCCAGGACCUCUUUGAUAGCGAGCUGGCCUCCCAGGCCACUGCCGAGUUCGAGAAGGCCAUGAAGGAGUUGGCCGAGGAGGAACCCCACCUGGUGGAACAGUUCCAGAAGCUCUCCGAAGCAGCGGGCAGAGUCGGAAGCGACUCCAGCUCCCAGCAGGAGUUUACUUCCUGCUUGAAAGAGACGCUCAGCGGCUUGGCAAAGAACGCAGACGACCUCCAGAACUCCAGCGUCUCCGAGGAAGAGCUCGCGAAGACCAUGGAAGGCCUCGGCUUGGAGGACGGAGACGGCGAAGGCAGCCUCUUGCCCAUCAUGCAGAGCAUCAUGCAGAACCUCCUGUCGAAAGACGUGCUCUACCCGUCCCUCAAGGAGAUCACGGAGAAAUACCCGGAGUGGCUGCAGAGCCACCGCGACUCCCUGCCGCAGGAGCAGUUCGAGAAGUACCAGGAGCAGCACAGCAUCAUGGGGAGGAUCUGCGAGCAGUUUGAGGCCGAGCUGCCCACCGACGGAGACACGGAGCACAAGGCCCGCUUCGAGAUGGUCCUGGACCUCAUGCAGCAGCUCCAAGACCUCGGGCACCCCCCCAAGGAACUGGCGGGAGAAUCGCCACCCGGCCUGAACUUCGACCUGGAGGGAAUGAAUCUGCCAGACACAGCCAACUCGGGAGGAGGAGACCAGUGCCAGAUAAUGUGUCGCGAAGUGUCGUCGUCGUCGGGGGACCGUAAAGCGCAGAGAAGGGAAAAAAACAACCCUCCUCGGGGUCUGCGGCGUCCGGGGAGCAUCCGCGGCUGGGCGGCCCGAUGGCGGCGCCGGAGGUGGUGGUGGCGGAGGCCCCCCGGCCUGGAGGCGGCGGCGGAGGGGGAGGUGGAGCGGCCUCCAGAGUCUGACGCCAGUUCUACAGCGCCAGUUCCCAGAGAGCUCCUGGAUCUACUCCUGCUCGAAAAGGGAGUCGGGGAAAGGGCGAAUUCACGAGAAAACGCGAUGUCAGACGCAGGAAGUAGCACGGAUGGGAAAACAGAUUUACCCAACGGAAGCUUAUCCAGCAGCCCGGAGGAGAUGUCCGGCGCCACGGAGGGGCACGAGACGUCCUCUGGGGUCGAGGUGGAGGCUUCCGACCUGAGCCUGAGCCUCACGGGGGACGAGGUGGGGCCCAACCGCACGUACACGGAGAGCUCGGCGGAGGAGAAGGACUCGGACAGCAUGGACGACACGGGCCACUACUCCAUCAACGAGAUGAACCGCACCUACGACCGCUCCCACUCGGAGGAGGAGGAGGAGGAAGAGGAGGAGGAGGAGGAAGAGGAAGAAGAGGUGGAGGCGGCCGAGGCCCAGCGGUCCCGCCGGCGAGCCCAGCGCAAGCGCCCCAACCGGGACCGGGACUCCUCGGACGAUGAGCGGGCCCUGGAGGACUGGGUGGCCUCGGAGACGACGGGGCUGCCUCGGCCACGCUGGCGGGCGCUGCAGGCGCUGCGGGAGAGGGCUCUGGGCUCCUGCGCCCGCUUCGUCCACGAGGCCUGCGGCGCCCAGGUCUUUGUGCAGCGCUUCCGGCUCCAGUACGGGCUGGAGGGCCACACGGGCUGCGUCAACACCUUGCACUUUAACCAGCGCGGCACCUGGCUGGCUAGCGGGAGCGACGACCUCAAGGUGGUGGUCUGGGACUGGGUGCGGCGGCGGCCGGUGCUGGAGUUUGAGAGCGGCCACAAGAGCAACGUCUUCCAGGCCAAGUUCCUCCCCAACAGCGGGGACUCCACCCUCGCCAUGUGCGCCCGGGACGGCCAGGUCCGCGUGGCCGAGCUCUCCGCCACCCAGUGCUGCAAGACCACCAAGCGGGUGGCCCAGCACAAGGGGGCGUCGCACAAGUUGGCCCUCGAGCCAGACUCCCCCUGCACUUUCCUCUCGGCUGGCGAAGACGCCGUGGUCUUCACCAUUGACCUGAGACAAGACCGGCCAGCUUCGAAGCUGGUUGUGACGAAAGAGAAGGAGAAGAAGGUUGGCCUCUACACCAUCUACGUGAACCCGGCCAACACCCACCACUUUGCUGUUGGGGGCAGAGACGAGUAUGUCAGGGUCUACGACCAGCGGAAGAUCAAUGAGAACGAGAACAACGGUGUGCUGAAGAAGUUCUGCCCUCACCACCUGGUGAACAGCGAUUCAAAAGCCAACAUCACUUGUUUGGUCUACAGCCACGAUGGGUCAGAGCUCGUGGCCAGCUACAACGACGAGGACAUCUAUCUCUUCAACUCGUCCCACAGUGACGGAGCCGAGUACCUGAAGAGAUACAAGGGGCAUCGGAACAACGCCACAGUGAAGGGCGUCAACUUCUACGGCCCCAAGAGCGAGUUUGUGGUGAGCGGCAGCGACUGUGGGCACAUCUUCCUGUGGGAGAAGUCAUCCUGCCAGGUGGUGCAGUUCAUGGAAGGCGACCGAGGAGGCGUGGUCAACUGCCUGGAGCCCCACCCUCACCUCCCAGUCUUGGCCACCAGCGGUUUGGAUCACGACGUCAAGGUCUGGGCCCCGACGGCGGAGGUGCCCACCCAGCUCACCGGCUUGAAGGAGGUGGUAAAGAAGAACAAGCGGGAGCGGGACGAGGACAGCCUGCACCACACGGACAUGUACGAGAGCCACCUGCUCUGGUUCCUGAUGCACCACUUCCGACAGAGGCGGCACCACCGGCGCCGAAGAGAUCCAGGCACAGGGGCGACAGACAGCGACUCUGACGAAUCCCCCAGCUCCUCUGACACAUCGGACGAUGACGAGGAAGGCCCGGAUCGGGUGCAGUGCAUGCCUUCUUGAGACCCCCCUCCGAGGAUGAGGAAAAGGUGGGGGUGUCAAGAGUGUGCAGACUUGAAUCGGCAACAAAAUGCCCACCACUUUGAAUUGCCAUCUCUCCCCCCUCCCUGCUUUUUACUGAAACACCAAGGAAAGCACCCCCCCCCCGCCUGCCCACCCUCCUUGUCACUUGCCCUCCCCCAGGGGCAACCUGCUUGGCAUUAAUUGCACUUGGACUUUGCUUGAGCAGCCAGCAGAGGGGGCAGAGGGGGGGCGCACACACAGGACGCCCUGCGCUGACAUGCUGGGAUUCCCUUCUGCUCUCCCCCUCCUCUCUCUCUCUCUCUGCCUUGGUUUUGGCAUGGGGAGGAGGGAGGCCUGCCCCCUUCCACCACCCCAUUUCCCCAGAGGCAUGGGGUGGGGGGAGUGGGAGGGAAGGGGCUUGGUUGCUCCCCCCCCCAACCACCAUUCCCUGUGAAGCUUCCUUUUGAGUGAGCUGAGUUCGGGUUUUGCCUCCCUCCUCCUUUCCUUUAAGAUGUUGGUGUGAGCCCCAAAGGGGCAUUUUUUGGAGGUUUUGUGCUUUUUUCUCCCGCCCCCACUCCUGUUUUCGAGGAGCACCCUUGCUUGCCUGCUUCCAGGAUGAGCAAACUUGGACUCUUGGCUUUAUUUCGGAUUACAUUUUUUUUUAGAGGGGGGGCGUUCUUCUCCCUCCGCCUCCUGUUUUUUGUGUUCUUCCUUCAGCAGAGUUCUAGCGGCAUGAAGACCCCCACCCCUUUGCAGUCUAGAGCUUGCCUUGGCUGCCUAGGACGCCCCUUCGCCGAACCUUUUCGGAGAGUAAAGGUUGUUGUGUUUUUUUUUAAAGAGAGGUUUAAAUGCAGAGAAGAGGCAUGGGAUGGAUUCCCCCCUUUUUCUGGCCUGAAGCGGUGGGGAGGGGGGCUCAUUGCUGCCCUGCGGAGGAGGGAGAGGGGUUCUUGAGGGAUCCCCUCAAUUGGCCCGAAGGUUCUUUGUGUUUCGUUUCCCCCGCUCCCUUUCCUUUAAAAAAUAAUCUUAUUUGUUUUUGAAAACAACUGCCCUCCCCCCUCCCAUCGCUGUUUAGAGGCCUAAUUUUAUAUGUAUUAAACAAGACAAGAACCAAAUUAAAACUUGGAUGUUAUCAAGUUAAAAUUAUUGUAAAAGUUUAAAUAUAUAUAUUAUAUAAAUGCAAUAAAAGAAUUGAGAGACA